CAGCAUUUAUAAGCUUUUUUGUGUCGAUCAUUUUGGUGAGAAGUUUUCGUGCAGACAACAACAAUGAAGAAAUCUAUGGAAACCUCACCACAAGCAAUUGCUGCAGCCAAUAGCUCAUCACAACACCCACCAGCCACAACUGCCCCCAGGGAAACAAAUAAAUGGCAACGUUUCAAACAUGCCAUAUUCUCACCCUGGUACCGCAAGAUCUCAGUGGAGCCCACUAUGUUCCUCUACAUGUUUGCCUUCAUGAAUACCUCAGUGGUGGAGCAUGAUUUCUAUCUACAAAAGGCCUGUCGUGUCAAUAACAAUUUCACCGAUGACAUCUGUGAACACAUUAAGGACAGCGAAAAUGCUGAAUACAAAAAACUAGUACAAAUCACUACCGCCCGAUUCUAUCAAUGGGAAUCGAUAGCGGCUCAUGUGUUUCCCAUUAUAUUGGCCCUGUUUUUGGGCUCAUUCUCCGAUAGAAGAGGCAGAAAAUUUCCCCUGCUAAUGGGUUUGUGUGGUAAAUUCUUAUUUUCUGUGAUGAUUGUGGUGAAUGCUAAAAUGAAAACAUGGCCCUUGGAAAUGGUCAUCUAUACGGCGACUUUGCCAAGUGCUUUGACGGGAGCAGAUGUGGCCAUAUUUGCUUCAUGUUUUGCCUAUAUCUCGGAUAUUUCCACGUUGCGGAAUCGUACCAUGAGAGUGACAAUUUUGGAUAUUUGCUAUUUGAGUGCUAUGCCCACGGGAGUGGCUUUGGGUUCAUAUUUAUUUUACAAUCACUUCAAUCGUUCCUAUGCGAAUAUGUUUGCCUUGAAUGCUUCGCUGUUGGCAGCUUCCAUUAUUUAUACGAUAUUUGCUUUGGAGUGGCAAACUACUCCCAAACAAAGACCCCUAAGAGAAGUGGGCUGUUGUGGCCUGAUACCAGAUUUCUUCGAUAAACAGCAUAUCAUAGAUUCCUUUACGGUGUUGGUAAGAAAACGUCCUGGUCCUCGUCGCAGUUUUCUGAUCCUUCUACUGAUUUCUAUGGCCUUAUAUACGUUCCAAAGAGAUGAGGGUCAAUAUUUGUACAUGUAUACCAGCUUUAAAUUUAAAUGGGAUAUAAAUAUUUACAGUACAUUCAAGACGGUCAAAUCAUCGGCUUUUGUCUUGGCCAUGUUAUUGGCUGUGCCGCUAAUGAAUAAGGUGUUAAACUGGAGGGAUACGACCAUUGUCUUCAUUGGAGCUUGGGCUCAUGCCAUUGCCCGUCUCUUCUACUACUUCGCUACAACGGGCACUUUGUUCUAUGUGGGUGGUUUGGUUAGCAGUUUGGGUCCCAUUGUUGGACCCAUGAUACGUGCCAUGACCUCAAAAGUAGUACCACUAUCCGAAAGAGGCAAAGUCUUUGCUCUAUUAUCGGUGUGUGAUAAUGCAGUGCCCUUUGUAAGUGGUGUCUGUUACUCUCAAGUCUAUCGGGCGACUUUAAACGAUGAUGGUCAAGGUGGCAAUGGAGUCUUUCUGUUGACCAUUGCCACACAAAUGGCGGUGUUUGUGUUAAUACUUUCCAUACACUUGGUAUUGGGUGAUGCUCCCAUGGCUGUGCCAGAGGUUAGUGAAAAAGAAACCGCCAUUGUUCAUGAUGCAGCCGCCAUUGAAACUACAAAACCAGAGGAGGUUACUUCUAGUAAUAGUACAAAAUAUUAGUUAUUAAACAGUUUUAAUUUUGGAAAAAAAACUCCUAUAUUUGUUUUAUAACGACUUUAAGACAAUAGUAAAACAGUAAA